UAGGGCACAUUUGUUAUGCUUGGAGAGAGGCGUCAAUGGAGAGCCCAAUCCUCCUGUCCUAGGGGAAGAUCCUUUGGCCGCGCGUACUAGGGCUCGAACGAUAAGAAUGGAGCGAGGCGUAAAUGGGGUCGAAGACCCUAUUGUCGACACAACACUAGUUGCAAAGCCAUUGGAAGUCUCUGCGGUGGUGAUAAGAGAGUCGAUGACUGACGAAGUGCUGCGCAUUGAAGCUUUCAAGUAAUCAUAUUUUCCAGACAUGAGAUUGAAAAAACAGAAGCGUCAUCGCAAAAUUGUGAGAUUCUACACAGCCUGCUUUGGUUUCAGACAGCCCUUUAAGGUCCUAUGCGAUGGAACUUUUGUACAUCACCUUAUUGUCAAUCAUAUCUCACCACCUGAUAAUGCCGUUUCAACUAUCCUUGGUGCCCCAGUGAAGCUUAUGACCACGAGAUGUGUUCUUGCAGAGUUGAAAAGCCUUGGUGACUCAUAUUCUGAAUCUCUCAAGGCUGCUGGCAAGCUUAUUGCCGCAAGAUGUGAUCAUGAGAGGAGGAAGAGUGCUGAGGCUUGCUUCGUUGAGAUUAUUGGAGAAAACAAUCCAGAGCACUUCUUUGUUGCUACUCAAGACACUGAUCUGCGCAAAAAGUUUCAGGAGAUACCAGGUGUUCCUGUUAUAUUUGGUCUCCGAAAUGCCCUCCUACUUGAGCCACCAUCUGUGUCUCAACGCCAGUUUGUCAAAUCCUCUGAAGAAGAACGCUUGCAUAUGACUGAGUUGGAACAUAAAUUGUUAAGUAAGAGGCAAAAGAACAGAUUGACAUCCAAGGAAACGAAGGAUUCUUCUGAUGAAAAUGAAGCUCUAGAAGAUCAAAAUUUAGGGUUGCAGGCUGCAACAAAUGAAAAUAAUGCAAAAAGGAGAAUGGUUGUCAAGGAUAGAGUUCAAUUUAAGAGAAAUAAAGCUAAGGGUCCAAACCCUCUUUCUUGUAAGAAGAAAAAGAGUCAGAGGCAACCAAAUCCUGCCUCGGAGAAGGAAGACAAGGAUGCUGGCAAAACUGUGAGAAACAGUAGGAAAAGAAAGAGGUCACGCAAAGGCAAAAAGCUUCCAGAGAUGGAUGGUUAAACAUGUUUUUAGCAAAUUGGAAAAGUUCGAAAAUUUUGGCUUUUAUAUGGAGUAAACAGGUCAGUCUGACUUUGCUUCCAGUGGAUAGAGCUAAACAGUCACCAAGGUGGUGCAGCAGGUUCUCUUCAAAUGUUGUUUGGAUCUCUGGUGUUCAGGUUUUUUUAUUUGCCCACCAAAGAGUUGCAAGCCCUGACAUUACAGAACCUAAUGGAAACAUAUUACAUUUGAGUCUCCAUAGAUAUGGCAAUUCUUUUAUUUUCCCCUGCAUCCAUGCACAGGGUGGUCUUCUGUGUGUAGUGGGAACAUCUGGUAGGUUCUUUAUGAACCAUUGCUCUAAAACUUGGACAACUUAGAGACUCAAACCUGAUUGGUUCGUUAAUCUCUUGGUCCACAAUUCCAUCCCAAUACUGAGAAUCUCAGCUAGGUUUGUUAGGCUCAGUUUCAAUCAUGAAAUGUGUGAUCAGAACUUACAUAUAGUUGACUUCAAUAGAUUUCACCUCUUUUUCUUUUUUUU